UCUUCGCUCUGACAAAAGAAACAGAAAAAGACUUUUACUUGUUUCGCAGGCUUCCAAUAUUUGUUUCCAGGGUAUCGUGUUUGCGUUUAGAAACUGCAAAAUCCCGUUUCUGUCUUCCAUCCAGGUUAGAUAUCACUUCUCUUCUCAAUUUAGAUCGAUCUGAAACCAAUUUUUCUAGAGAGUAGUUGAAAGUAACAAGUUUCUCAAUGGCUGCUAAGAGUUCAUUCAAGUUGGAACAUCCCCUUGAAAGGAGACAGGCUGAAGCUUCUCGCAUCAGGGAGAAGUAUCCUGAUAGAAUUCCAGUGAUAGUAGAGAAGGCUGAGAGGAGUGACAUACCUGACAUUGACAAGAAGAAAUAUCUCGUUCCUGCCGAUUUGACUGUUGGGCAGUUUGUCUAUGUGGUGCGGAAGAGGAUUAGGUUGAGCGCUGAGAAGGCAAUUUUCAUCUUUGUCAAGAAUAUCUUGCCACCAACUGCUACCAUGAUGUCUGCUAUCUAUGAGGAAAACAAGGAUGAAGAUGGCUUCCUUUACAUGACUUACAGUGGCGAGAAUACAUUUGGGCUUCUUUGAAAUCUGCAGCUCUACUAAUCCCCCGUGUAAAUGAAGACCGAUGAAGCAAGUUCCCUUAAGAAAAUAAAUAGAAAUGACAUUGUAAAUUCUCCCACACCCCCAUCCCGCUACUUUGGUUCCGCUUCAGACCUUUGUGAGGCUGAUGGUUUAUGGCUUUAUUAUUAGUUUGGAUAACAGACCAAGUUUCUGCUUAUUAUUCGUUUAUAAGAACUGAAGUAGUUGUUUGAAUUGUUACCUGACUUAUUAUGAGCAAGCAAUGACCAGGUUGGUUUUUCUGUCGUUAUUUA